UUCCGCUUCCGGCGACGGAAUUGUUGACGCCUGCGGCUGCUGUGGUGGCGAGUGGGCUGUUGGGGAGGGGCGGCGGGGGCGGGCGACGGCUCCCUGACAGGACCCGCCGACGGUGCUGCUGAGGCGACGAUGGCAGAGGGCGCGGAGGAAGCGCGAGGCCGCCCUCCGGGGCAGCACGACCACGACCGCGACCACGGCGGCGGCGGCGGCGGCGGGGACCGCGAGCCCGGCCCUUCCCUGAGAAGCUCGCCCGCCGCCGCCGCCGGGCCGCCGGCCGAGCCCCAGGCCCCGGGCCGGCCGCCCUGCCCGCCCGCCGGCGCCAGCGAGGGGCCCGAGGGGUCGCGCGAGCCCGCCAAGCGCGGGGACGCGGAGCGGGAGCGGCCGGCGCGGCUGAGCGCCCGCGAGUACUCGCGGCAGGUGCACGAGUGGCUGUGGCAGUCGUACUGCGGCUACCUCACCUGGCACAGCGGCCUGGCCGCCUUCCCCUACUGCAGCCCCCCGCUGCCGCCGCCCGCGCCGCCCGCGCCCACCAGCGCCCCCGCCGCCGCCGCCGCGCCCCCCGCCGCCGCGCCGCCGCCCCCGCCGCUCGGCUACUACCACCCCUUCUACUUCCUGAGCGCCGCGGCGGCCGGGGCCGGGGCCGAGCCGGGGGCGCCCGCCGGCCUCCCCGCGCCCGCGCCCGCCGCGGGCCUGGGGCCCCGCGCCGCGCCCGUGCCGGGCUCCGUCCGCCCCGCGCCGCUGACGAGGGUCGCGGCCGCCGCCCCUUCGCGCAGCCCGAGCGAGACUGGGCGGCAGGCAGGCAGAGAGUAUGUUAUUCCAUCCUUGGCCCACAGAUUUAUGGCAGAAAUGGUGGAUUUCUUUAUUCUCUUCUUUAUAAAGGCAACCAUUGUCUUAAGCAUUAUGCACCUCAGUGGAAUAAAGGAUAUCUCUAAGUUUGCUAUGCAUUAUAUAAUAGAAGAAAUAGAUGAAGAUACAUCAAUGGAAGACUUGCAGAAAAUGAUGGUUGUGGCUCUCAUAUACAGAUUACUAGUUUGUUUCUAUGAGAUUAUUUGCAUUUGGGGAGCAGGCGGAGCCACCCCAGGAAAAUUCCUGCUAGGUCUUCGAGUUGUGACAUGUGAUACAUCAGUGCUUAUUGCACCAAGUCGGGUUUUAGUGAUUCCUUCCUCAAAUGUUAGCAUUACAACGUCUACUAUCAGAGCUCUGAUCAAGAAUUUUUCUAUUGCUUCCUUUUUCCCUGCUUUCAUCACGCUGCUAUUUUUUCAGCAUAAUCGAACAGCUUAUGACAUUGUAGCAGGAACCAUUGUGGUAAAAAGAAAUGGGGUCAGAUGAUGCCAAAGCUCUGAAUUCCGUGCUCUCUGGAAUAAUGCAAGACUCAAUUAUGUAUUAAGGCCAUCAGUAUCCCUAGGUUAUAUUAAUUGAUUCUGAAAUUAAAGCAUUCACUCCAGUGUGAUGCAGGUGGAUAUCCUGAAAGUAUUGAUUUUACUUGAAUGCCAAAGAACUUUUCCAGAAGAAAAACCUGUUAAAUUCAAGUGUUAAAAUUUUUAGAUAAAAAAGAAGGCAACUGGUUUUGUAAUCUUCAGUGGACAAUAUAUACUUUCUUAAGAUCUAAGGCAUUAGAACUUGUUGGAAGCAUUUUCAACUUUGAAAUCUCCAAAUGAAACGUCAAAGAUUUAUUUUGGUUUAUCCCAAAAUGAUGGAAAAUGUCCAGUUGUGUUUUGUAAACACAUUAUUCAUCUUUUACUUAGCAGUUUUUGGAGAAAUUGUCUUUGCUUAUGUGGGAGUUGGGGAAAAAGGACACAGAUUUGAUAAUCUUCCAGCCCAGGUGUGAUUAGUUAGCUGCAAGAUAAAGGGGUAAGAGGGGCAAGCCUGGCAGUUCCCUUACCGGAAGUUUUUAUGUCUAUACUGCAGUAUAUGUGAGAAUGAUAAACUUUACAACUAUACUUAAAGCUUAAAAAAUGUAAUUUGGGGGAAGUUUUGCAUGACAAUGGAAAAGUACUGUCAUAUUGCUCUAUUACUAUUGAUUUUCUUUUAGAGAAAAGGUAAGUUAGUGAUUGCCUUUAAUGGGGGGGGAAGCAAACAUUUUCUGUAAAUUUAACUUAAAACUCAUGUUGCAAGUGUUUUCCGUGCCCUGAAUCAAACUAUAGAUAUGUGGGGGGAAUGACAUCAAACUGUUGUGUAUUUACUGUAAAACUAAAUUCCCAGUAUGUGGCAUGAAGAAAGUAUUAGUGCAUUUCAGUGUUCUGAAGAUAACGCCUGUAUACACAGGAUAGUGACAUACUAUUUUCUUUUUAUACUUCAUACAGUUGCGUAACAUUUGAGAUUAAGGCAUUAAGUAAUCCUAAAACUUCUUGAUUAAAUACUAGUAGCCUCGAAAUGUUGGCAAUUUUCCUAUUGCUCUUCUCUAAACAAAGGCAUGCUAGCACAUUCAGACAUUAUUCUAAGGUGUUUAGUUCUGUGGACACUUUGGGUCUGCCAGGGAUGAUGAACUGAAGGAAGUAUUAAGCAGAGUAACACUAUACAUUGCCAUUUUAAUUUAUUCUUUAGUUGAAGCAGAGUUGUGGAGUAUUUAUGCACACUUCAGUUAGAUGGUCUAGUUAGCUCUGUACUAAAAGUUUCAUUUCCUAGGCAUUCUCUGAUAUUUAGAAACACUAAUCUGUAUUGGACAGUUCAUUAGAUUGCUUAACAAUCAACGUAGACCUUAUUUUUUUUAUCUUAAGUGUAAUAACUAAUGCAAAACAUAUGCUAUCAUUUUCUUAAGUGGGUUUUUCUUUGACAUUUUAAAUUAAGAAAAUAUUUGCAGUGGACAAUUAUAAAAACCUUAACAUUGGCCUUACUAAUGCCUUUUUAUUGUAAAAUUUCAUAAACCAUGUUUAUCAAAAUAAUUUUAUAUUAAUACCACAUCACAGAAAGCCUGGUGUGUGUCAAAAUACUGAGCAGAUCAGUCAUUUGCAGCCUCAGGGAAGAUAAAAGUGUUAUACCCCUUCAAAGCAGGGACAAUAGCCUGUAACUUUUUUAAUUAGAGUAGAAAUUAGGAAAUAUUUAGAUUUACCACUUAAUGGUAUAUGUAGUACUUUGCCACUGAUUUGGGAAUACAAACUGAAAUAUUCUUGGUCAUGUAGUUCUGGAAUAUAGCUUUGUUCUAACUUCCUUCAGAUGACUUCAAAACAAAAGCAAUCAAGUAUUGUUAUGUAAAAUAUUCGGCAUUUGAUACUGAUUUAGAUUGUAUUCAUAUAGGAACCAUAUAUAUCCAUCUCAGGAUUCAAGUAGAUUAUGUAUCCCUGUGAAACAGAAGUAUUAUUCCUUUGUCUUACAACAGAAUUGAAGUUUAUUUCCAUUUGUGAAUUAGCACUUACGGAGAGUUUGAACCACAGAUUGUGGGACAAAAUAGCGGAGAAGGGGGGGGAACUACCUCUUUCUUUUGGGUUCUGGAGGGGGAACCGAAUGUUAAGUAUAUUUUAUUUACAAAAUGGCUGUUUCUGUAAAAUAAUUGUCAUGCUAAAACUCUUAGGGCAGAAAAAAGUUGUCUUCAUAGUACAAGCACUACUCAUAUAUAUAUCUUGUUAGAAUCGAGAUGAGUGAGAAAAACAUUUCAGUGAACAUGCCUUAAAGCCACAGAACAGACAUCUAGAAAAACCUUAAUAUAUUUACUAAAAAGUAGCCUAAGUGGCUACUACACCUUGAAAACAGGCUGAUAAAUGUUCAUGGUGGGCCAUUUGGAUGAGUGAAGAGCAAGCAAACAAGCCUUGUUAAGGCAAAUCUGCAACUUGAAAUGAAGCCAACAUUUUUUGAUACUAAACCUUUCGAAUAUUACUCAAGUUAUGUGGCACUGACUUCUAAAUCAUCUGAGUUUCAUCCAUAUAUUAAGGAUUUUUAAAAAACAAACCUGUAUUUGAGAACUAACCUAUCUGUAAAAAUGAUUUGUCUUUAAACUUUCAUUUUUUAACUGAUUAGAAAUUAAACAUUACUUUGUUUUUUGGG